CGUCUCUCCGCGAGGAGCAAGAUGACAAUUCCAUCGUGCCCGACACUGCGGGGACAAUCGAAGCGGCUCGACUCCCGGAGCAAUCACCUGUGCGAAGCGGAUGCGUUUAGCGGCAGGGACGCGCCGUGACCGCUCAGGUGGUGAAAGGAACGUGAACCAGCGUCAUGCCGUCGUCGUCGUCGCCAUCAGCGUCUUUACCGGUGCCACAGAGCGCCGUGUGCAUGACCGCCGUCGUCACCCGAGUUGCGCAUCACGUUGGUCGGAGGCAGCGCUACGUCAUCCUCGGUUCCCUCCUAUCAUGGGCUGCGCUGCUUGCGUUUAUCUACGUAUGGGGUCCCUAUAUCGUCAAGUUGGUGAAAAGCAGCAGCGAAGCCUUGCGGUCGACGCUGGACCUGAACUUCAAGAAGAUCGUCUACGCGUUUCGCGGCGACUACUUCAUCCUGACUGCGGGCGGUCAGUGGGUGCUAACAGUUGGCAGCUACUGGUUUCUAGGACUUCUAUUCUUGGCGGCCGACACGAGCAAAGCACUUUCUUGGAUGCGGAGGUACAAGGUGCAAGCGAUAGAGACGAAGCCAACUGCUCAAAGCUUGGUUCCAGUGGUGCGGCAGGUGGUGUUCAAUCAAGUCUUCGUUCAGCUGCCCGUUAACGUCCUCUUCUACUGGGUGAAGGACUUGCGCGGGUUCGACCGGAGCCUAAACCUACCGCCAUUGUCUCGUGCCGUGGUGCACUUCGCUUGUUUUGUCGCGAUCGAAGAGGCGCUGUUCUACUACUCGCACAGGCUGCUGCACCACCGGCGGCUGUACCAACGCUUCCACAAGAAGCACCACGAGUGGACCGCGCCGGUGGCCAUCACGGCGGUGUACUGCACGCCGCUAGAGCACCUGCUCUCCAACGUUCUGCCCGUGGUGGUGGGGCCCGCGGUUCUGGGCUCGCACCUGAGCGUGCACUGGCUCUGGGCAGUGCUCACGGCGCCCUACGGCGUCAUCGUGCACUCGGGAUACCACCUGCCACUGCUCCCGUCGCCACAGAUGCAUGACUUUCAUCACCUAGCGUUCCGAGGAAACUACGGCAUUCUAGGAAUCCUGGACUGGUUGCACGGCACGGACCGGGCCUUCAGACAGAGCGAAGCCUUCCAGAGGCAUCGGGUGCUACUGUCGUUGAGGCCCGUCCACGAGCUGUAUCCGGACACAGGGGCAGCCAGACGCGACUCGCUGGGUGAAGGGCGAUCAACGACGCAGCCGCACGGCUGACGCAGAAGCGAAGCUCGCAUAUAUAUUUCUUUUUCUUUGCCCAUUUGUGAUACCACUGCAUCUCGUAUACGUCCGAGAUUAGCUCGAAGAUGUGGUCGAACAGUCUACGACACGACGCUUAAGAUAGCUUUGUGAUAAGAGAAGAGGGAGAGAUGAGAGGAACGUUGGGUGCAUAAUAGAACCCAAGGUGUUCGCUCGUGGUCAUCACUCUCAUUUGUGUGUUGAUGCUCUUUUAUUUGAGUUUGUUCGUGUGCGUUACAGUAGUCAAGAUUCGUGAUUGUUAAGUAUUGUUAAGAUUCGUGAUUGCUGGAAUGAGUCAAGCAAUCACGAAUGACCACAAACGCUAAAAUAAAUAAAUAAAUAAAUAAAUAAAUAAAUAAAUAAAUAAAUAAAUAAAUAAAUAAAUAAAUAAAUAAAUAAAUAAAUCAAUCAAUCAAUCACCGUGACGGUUAUCGGUUUGCUCACUGUCGAGAGUGCGGCUGCAUACGUUUGUUUAAUGAUCGUGUGAUUUUUUCCGGAAACAGAGAUAAGGACGUGCGUGAAAUGAUACAGGCACAAUACAUCAAGCGCAGUGCAUGGUUAAAGGUGCGUUAGCACUGCGUCUGUCGACCUGUCUUGAUAAAGAAAUGGCCUUUUUGUUUGGAAGGAGCAGUACGACGUGUCCACCAGGAGUGGGGUGGUUGUGCAUGAUGUAUAAAUGUAUAAAUUUUCCCAAGAACAAACUGUUGAAAUCACCACAUCGUGUUACCCACGUCUCCUUUUUGUCCUUGUCUGCUGGUGCUAAAGAGGGAGAGAGACAGCCAGAUGAAAGGGGAAAGACAGGGAGGUUAACCAGAAGAAAAAAUCCGGUUUAUGUCCUCACACUGAUGGAGGGGGAGGUAAAUUGAUAAGAAAGUAAAGAUGUUAUCUAAGUUUGUAUAUACCAACACACAGCAGUUCUACAAGUCUUCACUUUCUGACGCCACCCUAGUAAAUAGGUUCAGAUCUGCGACGCCUUCCAUGGGGGUAAUGAAAACCUCAUAUUUUGCGACUUAGAUGUAUGAGACAAUGUUAGAUCGAAUUACAUGAUGCAUACCUAAUGUUUGUUUGGUCUGUGAUGCACUGUUUUUUUAUCGCGAAUGCGAUCAGUGAGAAGUGUCUGUUUGGCUUUCGCAGCAUUACCUCAUAUGCAUGAAACAGAGUGUAUAUAUAGGACUCGUACACGUCUGUAGACAAUAUUGGAACAGAGUUUAAAUCCGUAAGUCUAUAGAGUACCCAAGAAGUCUAUGAACGUUCGAGCUUACAGAUUUGUAUAGCCAACAGAGUGCCUCUGUACAGAGGCACGUACGGUAUAUAAGCGACCAAUGUACGUAUUUUGCCUUGAUGUAGCCUGUUUAUAAAUUGUGUGUUGACAGAAUCAGAGCUGUUGCCAAAUUGCCUUUUCAUGAAACUUCCACCACCUUGUGGAUUCCUGCGCCGCUCAUUCGCUUGAUCAAUGUGCAGCGCUUAGAAUGAUUUGUUAAUUUGUCAUCGCCCUACCAUCUGCUGGCCCUAGGAUUACCCAAGUCGGUAUAUUGACUGCGACGGAAAGUUGAUGGUGGCGGGUUUGAUUCCAGGACCACGUCAAAUUUUACUUCAACUCCGAAACUUUCCUUUAUGAGGAACCUCUAUAGGUUUCUUGUGUUGCUUCGUAUUACUUGCAGGCCACUUGCU